AUGCCGAAUUCCUCUCUAUCUGAGAUGGGUGACAGCGGUGCAGAAAGCGCGCCUCAACCUACUGUGAGCGCCUUCGCUCGUUAUAUUCAUGGCUGGACCUGGCAAGCAUUCCCCAUUGGAAUGGGCACAGGUGCCGUCUAUGUCACGCUUUCUGGUCUAGAAGAUCGUUUCAAUGCCUUGACAACAAUUGAGACGGGGUUCUACUUCAUAAAUAUGGCUCUUUUUGUCGUCAAUACUGGUACUCUUUUACUGCAAACUAUCCUGUAUCCUCGACAAGCCUGGCGCCUAGUACAGGACCCUGUCAAAGGCAUUUUUGUUCCAUUAAUUGUACUCUCCUUUGCUACCAUCAUCAUUGGAACCGUCAAUUACGCCUUUCCCUCGGGACAUGCGAGUGCAGGAUUCAUAUACGCACUAUUCUGGGUUUAUGUUGUCUUCGCCGUUUUGACUUGCUUCCCGAUGAUCAUGAUAUGGUUCAACAAGCCACACGAUCUGAUGCAUUUCACUCCUGCAUACGCUUUCCUGAUCUUUCCUAUGAUGCUGGUCGGCGUUGUCUCGUUCAAUGUUUUGAGGGUAAUAGAUGCAUCCGACCCAAAAGCGUUAGGCGUACUUCUCGUCGGUUAUUUCUUCCAAGGUCUAGGGUCUUUCAUGACCUUCUUCUACCUCUGCAUCUACGUUAUUCGCGUCAUGACUACAGGUUUCCUAGAAGGACACCAAGCAAACGGAGCCUUUGUCGCCUGUGGUCCCCCUGGAUUUACGGCUCUCGCCCUGAUAAAAUUGGCAGAGCAUGCAAGGGACAUACUCCCCUCGCGUGGUUAUGUCACUGAAAAUGCGGGUGAAAUCUGGUAUGGCAGCAGUGUCCUUACUGGUCUUUUGCUCUAUGGUCUCGCCGUCUUUUUCUUCAUCUUCGGCGUCCUACCGUACUGGUCCAAGCUUCACAAGAAUCUUAAUGAAAUUCUAGGAUGCUGGGCUUUGACAUUCCCUAACGUUGGCUGGAUCUCGGUGACCCGCACCUUGGGAGAUAUCUUUGGCAUCGAGUUUCUCUAUAUCAUCCACUUGUGUCUGACCAUCGUCAUGGUCUUGACCUGGAUUAUUUUAUUCGUGCUCACUAUUGUUGCAUUUUGGAAAGGUCUCAUCUUCAAAUCAAAGGAGGAGGACGUCCUCAAGGACAUUCUUCCUGCUUACAACGAGCAUGAAGACACGGGAAUUCAUGCUGUGACUGAUGGGGAGCAGGAUACCGCUAGGCCCAUGGUUCAGGUGUCGGAAUUCAGACCCGAACAGCCAUGA